CGGUGGUGAGCAGGUUUUUUUGUCCGAAAGGGAAAGGAAAAUGAGUUCACGCUGGCUCCUGAAAUCUAAAUGAUUACUGCGAUGUGUUGAACUGAAGCCUGUUUGGUUUUUUUUUUAAACAUUUUUUGGAAACUGCUCCAUUUUGGUUCAUUCAUCAGUCCAUGCAAGGUUGGACUUUGUGGUCCCAUUUGGUGUAUCACCAGGUCAGUCACAGCUGACCCAUGGAGGAAAGAACCAACAGCCCCACGGCGGUCAAGGUGGAGGAGCACUCUCAGUACGUCAUCCUGACGUACUUCCACGGAGACACCAACAGCAUGGUGGACGCUCACUUCAGCCGCGCUCUCAGCAAAAUGUGCAAGGCCAAAUCACCCGCAGUGAAGCCAAAGAAAGCCCGUAAACCCAUCAAACUAGAAGACGCCAGCUCCUGUCAGAGCAGGGUUGCAGACCCAUACUCAGAGCCGCAGCCUCUAGCCGGGCACCUCCUGACCUUCAACUCGGCGGAAAACUCUCCAAACUCCUGGAACUCCUUCCCAGCCAGGACAGCAGAAAACGCCACAGUGCCCUCCUUAACAUACUCUCUGUCCCAAGAAGGUCUGAGUCUCACCGGACAGCAAUACGCCUCGUCCCUGCUCAACCUGCUGCACAGCGACCGCGGCGAGAUCGGGCCCGGCGUGGCCUCCUGCUCCAAGCCAGAGCUGCUUCCCGGCUGGACGGUCACCCCGGGGUUCAGAGAGUCUGUGGACCCCGCAGUAAGCUACGAACCAGACCGCAGACUUGAGAAGAAGGACUUGUACUGGUACUGAAGGAAAGACAACACAGCAGCUGGGAGAAAGAAAACAGCUUCGACAUACACGCACACACUCGUUGAUUUGGAAAGCCAUCGCCUUUAUAUUCACUCCACGAGGUUUUAUUUUCAUCUUUUAUCACUCAGGCUUGUGAAGCAGAGUUUCACAGAGUUGGAAGAAGCAGCAGUGCACCCUUUGCCUCCUCUCCUCACAGUAAAAUGACCUCAACAUGUCAGCAUGUUCUAACUGGAACAGCCUUUCUGAACGCUCGACUAACCGGUUCUUCGACUCUGUCAUUCCUCUGGGAGCUCCAUGAGCUUUGUACUUAUUGCUUCCUGUGCAGUGGUGUUAGACGAGGGCCAUUGGCGAUACGCUAGUAAAUAGACCAGUAUUACAUGUGGACACUGCGGGCAUCGUAAAUGUGUAAAUAUUUAUGUAAAUGGUGAACAACCUGUUUACAAUUCACCUGAAUAAGUUUUAUUGUUGUGAGGUUGUUUUGUAUGUACGUACUAACAAAAAUGAAGGAUUCUCACGCUAUUUGAGUUAUUGAUCUUGUGAAGGUAAUCUUGAAAAAGGGACUGGUACUGUCAGCAAAAUGGAGGGGAAAAAAAAAGCCUGAAUAUGAAAUAUCAGCCGAACACAAAACAAAUAAAUGUCUUAUGACUUGUCUUCUGUGAUCGCUUUUCACAAAGUGAGAUGUGCUUUAAGGAAAAUGGAUCAAAUACAUGUACUGGAGGAUAGAUUCUUUUGAAAAUAAGUUUGUGUUAGAUUUAGAUUCCUGAGAUGUUGAUAAUGUGAAAUGUCUUAAAGGUUACACGGCCAAAGCCAAGGAAUAAAAUACUGAUAAUA